AUGUACGGCACAGGCAUGAAUCCCCCACACAACUAUUAUCGAACUCAAACCUAUUCGUUUCUUCGCGAUCGACGCAACUUCCUAACAGCAUAUCAACAACCAACAUUGAUGACCGCUGGCGUCGGUAACCUGCUUGCCUAUGGUUUAUAUGCACUUCGAAUGCCUCAAUCAGUGGUGAACUUUGGCUAUAAACUUGGCUAUAUGAUGGAUACGCAUGCAAUCUAUUAA